AGUGAGGAUUUGGGGGGGGUAAAUUUUUUUUUUUUAAUAUAAGGAUAAAUUUGUAAAAUAUAUUUUAUUUUACCGGCGUUAAUUGGAAGUUCAAGGGCGAUAUUUAACAACCCUUUUCUUUAAAAUUACCAUAAGCCAUCACACCAGUAAUUUAUUGGAAAUGAGUCAAUUUUUUAUUUUUAUUUUUAUUUUUUUAUUUUUUAAAUUUAAUUUAUUUUUUGUGUUACAAAUUGCUUAAGCAUCACCCUAUAUAUUAAAUCUAUGAAUCAUAUCACAAAUUCACAAUAGGUCUAGAGAACUCAUCAUGUCUUCAAUGAGUAAUGUUGAACCUCAAAAUCUUCAUGUAAUCUUUUUCCCAAUGAUCGGGCAUGGUCAUAUGAUCCCAAUGUUAGACAUAGCAAAGCUAUUUUCCAGCCAUCAAGUCAAGACCACCAUAGUCACCACUCCUCGCAACGCACCAACUUUUACAAAACCACUAGAGAGCUAUCGAAAUGUCGGCCCGAAAAUCGAUAUAGAGAUCAUUCCGUUUCCCUCCAAGGAGACUAGCCUUCCUGAGGGAGUUGAGAAUUUCGAGUACGCAACUUCCCCGCAACUCGUGGCCAAACUGUGGAAGGCAACCUUGUUGCUACAAAAACCGCUCAAGGAAGUGUUAGAAAAAUACAAGCCUAAUUGCUUGAUUGCGGACAAACUAUUCCCAUUUGCAACCGAAGUUGCAGCCGAAUUCAAUAUACCAAGGUUAGUGUUUCACGGGACAGGCUUCUUUUCGCUAUGUGCAUUAGAUGCUAUAACGAAAUUCGAGCCUCAUAAAUCGAUUAUUUCUGAUGAGGAAGAGUUUGUUAUCCCUCACCUUCCACAUGAAAUAAAAUUGACAAGAUUGAAAUUGCCCCAACAUAUUAGAGAAAAUAAUAAUAAUAAUAAUAAUAAUAAUGAGUUGGUGGAAUUUCUUAAAAGUGCUGUUGAAUCAGAGGCAAAAAGUUAUGGGGUUAUAGUGAAUAGCUUUUAUGAACUAGAACAAGAUUAUGCUGAUCAUUAUAGGAAGGUUAUGGGUAGAAGGGCAUGGCAUAUAGGUCCGGUUUCGCUAUGUAAUAAAGAAAAUGAAGCUAAAUUUUAUAGGGGAAAGGAUUCUUCAAUUGAUGAACAUGAUUGCUUAAGAUGGCUUGAUUCUAAGAAGGAAAGUUCGGUUAUGUACGUAUGCUUUGGCACCUUGUCCAUGUUUUCGACGUCUCAGCUUCGUGAGAUAGCAAUGGGACUAGAAGCCUCGGGGCAAGAAUUUAUAUGGGUGGUGAAAGGGAGCAAGGAUAAUGAAACGGAAGAGUGGCUGCCUAAGAAAGGACUAAUUAUAAGGGGCUGGGCGCCACAAGUGUUAAUAUUAGAUCACAAGUCGAUAGGAGGAUUCGUGACUCAUUGUGGGUGGAAUUCGAUUCUUGAAGCCGUGUCUUGUGGGAUUCCUAUGGUCACUUGGCCUAUAUUUUCGGAGCAAUUUUACAAUGAGAAAUUGGUAACAGAGAUUUUGAGGAUUGGGGUUGGUGUAGGGGCAAAGGAAUGGAAGAGAACCGUGGACGCGAAUGUAAAAUCGGAAGAUAUACAUGAGGCCAUAAGAAGAGUAAUGGUUGGUGAUGAAGCUUUAGAGAUGAGAAGCAAGGCUAAGAAGCUAAAACAAAAGGCAAGGUUGGCUAUAGAUGUUGGAGGUUCAUCUUACUCUGACUUGAGUUCCUUGAUACACCAACUGCGCUCUUAUCACUUGACCCAAUAACAUCCUUACAUUGCAUGUAUGCCUAUUUAAAAUUCUUGAGUGAUUGUGUGAGUGUUUGUGUGUGGGUUGAGUUUACACACGUGCAUGUGCGCGCUUGCUUGUAUGUUCGUCUUACAGUUUGUAAUAACACUUGUAUUAGUUGUUGCAACCGUUGUUACUACGGUGGUUUUUUUUUUUUUUUUUGUCUUAAUCAUACUUUGCUCACGCGAGCGGAGGCAAAUCCAAGAAUUAGUGAAAAUUAAAUUACAUAGUACACCAGGUGACCAGAGUGUACCAUGCUCAUGGUACAGUUGGUGUUAAACGUUGUGUUUUAAUUUAUAUAUUAAAAUCCAUGUAAUUUUUUCCUUAUAAGUUUAUUUAUUUUUUUAAAUAUUUAAUAACAGCUCAAGGAGCUAAAAGAAAUGAGCAUGAGUGAUUGAGUGGGUGAAUUGAACUAUGUAUAAUUAAUGGAAGAUAUGAAUGUAUUGUUUGAUUGCACACAAUAAAAAUUGGGAAUUGAAAAUUCAUGUGAAUUGGAAAAAAAAGGAUUUGUUUGGUUGACCAUAAAAAGUAAAAAGUGGGAAAUGCAAA